CAGAAUAUCAGAGUGGGGGUGAACGGAACGUUCUUCUGCUCACUUCUGUUCGUUUCUGUCUUGAUCGUUCUUCGCUUCUGAAUAAGUAGUCCGGUUGACGGGCCUUCGACACAUCAAAAUGGCUCUGUUAUCUCUGCGUUUGGCUUCCACGAUAGCAAGACAAUUUCCAAAUGCUACGAUUCAGGUGAAAUGGCCUGCCAUUGGUGCAGCUUCUUGCAAAUAUCAUGUAUCCUGCAGUCGUCGUUCAGCUGAAAUUUCUUCCAUCUUGGAAGAGCGUAUACUUGGUUCAGCCCCAAAGACCAAUCUUGAGGAAACUGGUAGAGUGCUGAGCAUUGGCGAUGGUAUCGCCCGUGUUUACGGUCUUAAAAACAUUCAAGCCGACGAGAUGGUGGAAUUUAGUUCAGGGUUAAAGGGUAUGGCUCUGAAUUUGGAACCUGACAAUGUAGGUGUUGUCGUAUUCGGUAACGACAGGCACAUCAAGGAAGGUGACAUCGUUAAACGUACCGGAGCCAUUGUUGAUGUGCCUGUAGGCGAAGAAUUACUGGGGCGUGUCGUAGAUGCGUUAGGUAAUCCUAUCGACGGCAAAGGACCGCUUAACAACAAACUGAGAUUCCGAAUUGGUACUAAGGCGCCUGGCAUUAUCCCUAGGGUGUCUGUCAGAGAACCUAUGCAGACUGGAAUUAAAGCUGUCGAUUCUCUGGUACCUAUCGGCCGUGGUCAGCGCGAGUUGAUUAUCGGAGACAGGCAAACUGGAAAAACUGCUCUCGCUAUCGAUACAAUUAUUAAUCAGAAACGAUUCAACGAUGCCGGAGAUGAAAAGAAGAAGCUCUACUGUAUUUAUGUUGCUAUCGGUCAGAAGAGAUCCACCGUUGCGCAGAUCGUAAAACGUUUGACGGACAGUGGGGCCAUCGGCUAUACCAUCAUUGUUUCCGCAACUGCUUCCGAUGCGGCACCCCUCCAAUAUCUGGCCCCGUACUCUGGUUGUGCCAUGGGAGAAUUUUUCAGAGAUAACGGAAAGCAUGCUUUGAUUAUUUACGACGAUUUAUCGAAACAAGCAGUUGCCUACCGACAGAUGUCUCUGUUGCUAAGACGACCACCCGGUCGUGAAGCCUAUCCCGGCGAUGUAUUCUAUCUUCACUCUCGUCUUCUCGAACGAGCAGCUAAGAUGAACGAAAGUUUGGGUGGUGGUUCGUUAACUGCUCUACCUGUUAUCGAGACACAGGCUGGCGAUGUGUCUGCCUAUAUUCCCACAAAUGUCAUUUCCAUCACCGACGGUCAGAUCUUCUUGGAAACGGAGUUGUUUUAUAAGGGUAUUCGUCCAGCCAUUAACGUUGGUUUAUCGGUAUCCCGUGUAGGAUCUGCUGCUCAGACAAAGGCUAUGAAACAAGUUGCUGGUUCCAUGAAAUUAGAAUUGGCCCAGUAUCGCGAAGUAGCAGCUUUCGCACAAUUCGGUUCCGAUUUGGAUGCCGCGACCCAACAACUGUUAAACCGCGGUGUCAGAUUGACGGAACUUUUGAAACAAGGACAAUACGUACCUAUGGCUAUCGAAGAGCAAGUAGCCGUUAUCUACUGUGGUGUCCGCGGAUACCUUGACAAGAUGGAACCCACAAAAAUUACCGCCUUUGAAAAAGAAUUCCUUGCCCACAUCAGAUCUACUCAACGAGAUCUCCUAGACACCAUCGCUAAAGAAAACACAAUUAGCGAAGCGUCCGAUGCCAAAAUGAAGAAAAUCGUUACUGACUUCCUUGCGGCUUUCUCGGGCUAAAGUUCAAGUGUCAGUAUAAAUAAGUAAAUAAAUAAAUAAUAUUUCUCUGCUAUGCAGGAGCCAUGUGCAAACGAUAUUCAUCGUUAUAAUAAAUCUUGAUGUAUACCAUUUGCACAUUACAAAUAUUAUUACAAAGAAUUCCACAUUCGAACGCAAACAUGAUAGUCCUAUACAAAUGCUUAAACACAUUACAACACAUUAUCAAACCUAAGAUACUGUGAUUUUGAUUAUUACGAACAGAUAUUUCUCCUGACUAAAAUUUCAUCAUAGCAGAAGCAGGAGGAGUGCUGGAAAGAAAUGAGUAAUAAAAUUCUAGAAUUUUUUCA